UGUGAAGCACUCUUUCCACCAUCCGCCCCCAGAUCGGCUCUGCAUCACACGGCUUCAAACUCAAGUGAAUAAUGGCGCUGUAGUUCCUGAUCGCUCUGCUGUCAUUUGUACGAGCGAGCCCACGGGUGACCCACCCGCUCGUCAACGCUUUGCUGGCUCUUCAACUUGACGGCUCGCCGAUUCUCGCCUCCCGGGAGACAUGUCCGCGGUGGGAGGAACGAAGCUAGCUUUUUAGUGGCAUCCGAUUUCUCCUCCGGCGGACCGGAUGCGAGAGGCGAGCUCGACCCCGACAUGUUCCCCUCCGCGGCCGGGGACAGUGGCUCGCGACCACGGCUGGCCCAAACAGUCGCGGUGACUCGCCAUGGCUGGCCUCUCGUGUGAUGGUCUGAGCUUUGACCUGCUGGAUGAAAACGAACCAGUGUUGUCUGCACCUAACUUGAGCUUCACGAGACUGUCGCUUCCUUCUUCUUCGGGUGUGAAUCUUUUUGAAUGAAAUGCAAGCAAAUACGUCACAAGACCGACCUUACCGAUGGAGCAGUAAAUGAUGGCAGCUAAAGAGGAACUCUACGCCAAAGUGACCCCGCGGAGACCGCGCCAGACCCGGGCAGGCACCGUCAAACACGGGUCAACUCUGGACGUGCUGCUGUCCAUGGGCUUCCCUAAGACCAGGGCCUUGAAAGCCUUGGUUUCGACAGGAGGAAAAAACGUCCAGGCAGCUUGUGACUGGCUUUUUUCGCAUGUGGAUGACCCCUUCCUGGAUGACCCUCUGCCCAGGGAGUAUGUGUUAUAUCUGCGACCCAGUGGUCCACUGCUCCAGCAGCUCUCUCUCUUCUGGCAGCAAUCUCGCCUCACGUGUGGCAAAAACAAGGCACACAACAUCUUCCCCCACAUCACCCUCUGCCAGUUCUUCAUGUGUGCCGACGGGAAGGUGGAGGCUCUGUCAGAUGCCCUCCAGACUACAGUUUCGAAGUGGAAAGGUCGUAUACCCAUGCCCCUUCCACUGGAGCUGUACACUUCCUCCACCUUUAUCGGCCUCUUCGUGGAGGAGCAAGUGGCGGAGGGGCUCAAGAGUUUUGCGGCUGAUUUUGCCAAUGAAGCGGAAACUAAAGCAGAUGUGCAUGUUGAGCACCAUAAGAAGCAACUGCAUGUCACUUUGGCAUACCACUUCCAAGGCAGCCAUCUUCCAGUCUUAGAAAAGUUGGCCAAGAAUGUGGAUGUGUCAUCAGGCUGUGACUGGCUGGCUGUGCUCUUCUCCCGGGAUAUUCGCUUUGCUAAUCAUGAGACACUGCACGUCAUGUAUCCCUAUGUGCCUCAAAAUGAUGAUGAGCUUGAGCUGGCGCUCGGAGACUUCAUCUUCAUGUCCCCCAUGGAACAAAGCAGUGCCAGUGAGGGUUGGGUCUACGGCACGUCCUUGGGCACGGGACUGACCGGCCUGCUGCCUGAAAACUACGUCAGCCGUGCUGACGAGUCUGACACGUGGGUUGUUCACGGGUCUCAUUCUAUUCUCAACUACACCUCCCCGUCUAACGCUGGCAGCAGCGCCCUUGGUGGGUUACUGUUUGAUGAACAGCACACUGACAGUCUGCUUGACAGUCUGGUGGAUCCUCCCAGCCUCGCUGGCCUGUGUCCUCCCAUGCAGGUGACACGGGCAGCUGCUCAGUCCUCCCUGUCCAAGAUGAGAUUGUUUGUGUGUCGACAUGGGGAGAGGAUGGAUGUUGUGUUUGGGAAACACUGGGUCACUCAGUGCUUUGACGCCAAAGGCCGAUACAUUCGCUCAAAUCUCAAUAUGCCAUCCAGCCUGCCAACCAGAAGCGGCGGUCACAGGGACUAUGACAAAGAUUGUCCAAUUACUGUGUUUGGCUCCUCUCAAGCCCGUCUUGUAGGUGAAGCCUUGUUGGAAAGCCACACCACAAUAGACUUCGUUUAUUGUUCUCCUUCGCUUCGCUGCGUCCAGACCGCUCAGCACAUUCUGCAGGGUCUCCAACAAGAGGGAAAGACAAAAAUCCGCGUGGAGCCUGGGCUUUUUGAAUGGACCAAGUGGGUUUCAGGCACCUGUUUACCCACCUGGAUCCCCCCAACGGAGCUGGCUGCUGCGAACCUGAGUGUGGACACAACAUAUCGACCUCAUAUUUCCAUUAACAAGCUGGUGGUGUCUGAGUCCUAUGACACCUACAUCAGCCGGAGCUUCCAAGUGACUCGUGAAAUCCUCUCAGAGUGCAAAAAUCUGGGAAACAAGGUCCUGUUUGUGGCCCAUGCUUCCUCCCUGGAGGCCUGCACUCGCCAGAUACAAGGACUCAGCCCACAAAACUCCAAGGACUUUGUUCAAGUUGUGCGAAAGAUUCCCUACUUGGGAUUUUGUGCUUGUGAAGAAAUGGGAGACACGGGUGUGUGGCAGCUGGUUGACCCUCCCAUCCUGCCUUUGACACAUGGACCCAAUCACAGCUUCAACUGGAGGGAAAUGCUAAUGCAAGACUGAAGAAUACCACACAUUUUUGUUAUCAUUCUGAACAGCAUAAUCAAUAUUUAUUUUUUACCCAAACCGCUACCAAAACAAAACAAACGACCCCCCACCCCCCCAAAAAAAAACAUUUAAAAAAAAAAGUUAACAAGCACGUCUAGCUUCCAUGAACUGCAUCUUGUCAAAAACGGGAAAAUGUAUCGAAGUGCGCAGCUCAGGAAUGUGAAGAUUACAGCAAACAGUAGCUGGACUCAUGUCUUUGUAGUCUCUCACCCGCAUAUACACUGUGACAAGAAUUAUAUGAGAAAGACUACAGGAAUGCUUUUCUGUCUGACAGGGAGUAUUAUUUGACUUGUGGCUACAACUUAAUUAAGGAAGAAGCACAAAAGGAAGGUUGACAGGGAAGAACGGAUCAUCGUUGUUUUCAUGGUGGAAACGAGUUGUUUCUUGUACCUAAUUUUAUUCCAGUAAAUGUAAAACUGCGUGAUUAGCCAUUCUGUUCCCCUGACUGUUUAUUAUUAUUAUUAUUAUUAUUAUUAUUCAGGACACAUUGAAGUUUCGAUAGCCCCCACUGGAACGUAAUGUAGUAAAUCAAUGUUUUUUUUUACAAAUUGUUUUCAGCUUUUGCUGCAAUGCAAUGCUAUCAUAAUGCUUUUUAAACGUUUUGUUUUUAACUUCACUUUUGUCACAAUUCAUUUAGCUGUACAUCUAGAGAGAUCAGACAAAAUAUGUUUUAUAAAUCCAAACAUCCCGUUGGGGUUACAAAUGAAUAAAGAUGGUGGAGUCAUUGUAUUACUUAGA